CGCCUUGCAGUGUUUGCCCCGCCCCCUUUACCCCGCCCAGCCGUGGCGGGGGGGGUCUCUCGCGGCCAACAUGGCGGCGCCCUGUGUGUCCUGUAGCUCAUCUCUUUCCUGCAGGCUCUUCCUCGGGAGUCGGGUCAUCCUCGCCCGGAGCCAAGAGCCCUGGAAAGCUUUGGCGGCUGGCCUGCAAGCAGGUACCGGACCCCAGAUAUCAAGGCUAAUACAUACCACAGUUGUAACAACAAAGAAAGGUGUUCCUGCCUCCAGACGCGAGACGUACACAGAGGACUUUAUUAAAAAACAGAUUGAAGAGUUCAACAUAGGAAAGAGACAUUUAGCCCACAUGAUGGGGGAGGACCCAGAAACUUUCACCCAAGAGGAUGUUGACAGAGCUAUUACUUACCUUUUCCCAAGUGGUUUGUUUGAAAAACGAGCCAGGCCAAUAAUGAAGCAUCCUGAACAAAUUUUUCCCAAACAAAGAGCAAUCCAGUGGGGAGAAGAUGGCCGUCCAUUUCAUUUUCUCUUCUACACUGGCAAACAGUCCUAUUACUCAUUAAUGCAUGACCUAUAUGGAAAGAUUCUCCAGGUCGAAAAUCGUCGAAAUGACUUGCUACCCAAAAGUCUGCUGCCAGAAACUGCCAAAGUCAUAGACCUGAUUGGCAGCAGAUGGCUGAUUAAGGAGGAACUAGAAGAAAUGUUAGUGGAAAAACUGUCAGAUCAAGAUUACACACAGUUCGUCCGGCUGCUGGAAAAGUUAUUGGCGCUGCCAUGCAGUCCUGCUGAGCAGGAGUUUGUGCAGAGGUUUCGCAGAAGCUUAGCCUUUCAGUCCAAAAAGCACCAGAUCCAGCCCGCACAGUAUGAUGAGCAGGGCGUGCCCUUCAGCACUAGCGAAGGUAAAAGAAAGACUGCAAGAGCAGAAGCAGUUGUUUCUGGACAGGGAACUGGAAGAAUCCAAGUGAAUGGCGUGGAUUACCUGCUGUACUUCCCGGUUACACAGGACAGGGAGCAGCUGAUGUUCCCUUUCCACUUCCUUGACCGGCUUGGGAAGCAUGAUGUGACCUGCACUGUUUCCGGGGGCGGGAGGUCAGCGCAGGCCGGAGCCAUCCGCUUGGCUAUGGCCAGAGCCCUGUGCAGCUUCGUCAGCGAGGACAAAGUCGAGUGGAUGCGGCAAGCUGGCCUGCUCACCCCCGACCCGAGAGUGCGAGAGCGGAAGAAGCCAGGCCAGGAGGGUGCCCGCAGGAAGUUCACCUGGAAGAAGCGCUGAGCCAGCCCUGCCCUCCACCAUGGGUCUACACCGCAGGCCAGCGCCAGGGCAGCACCAUCACUUUCAGAGUUGUGAGUGGAUAUAUUUUUAAAUGUGACUUUGUAAAAGUUACCAUUAAAAAAUUAAAAAGUAAAAAUAU